CUUCGCGGCGCUAAUUGCACAUUGCAGGUGUUUGGGCGGCGCCAAGGUGCAUUAUUCCACUAAAGGGCGGCGUUCUGCUUUUGAUCUUGCUUGAUGCAUAGCUUUUGCUAAUGACAGAAAAUAAAAGACCUUCGCUAGCAUCGCUCCUGGGGGAGCUCGAGAAUGCUAAGUCGGACGAUGCUAUUUUAGCAGCUUUAGAUUCUAUUGUCUUCUCGGCCGCGGAAUUUACUAAUGAUUCCAAAGAAUUGCUUCAAAAUGUGGCGGAUCGAUUUGCAAAUAUUCUUGAGAGUAACCAAGGGCCAUCGUCCAUGGAAAGGACUGCAAGAGCCACUGCAGAAUUAGCGAAGCUUGAAGUGGGAAGAGGUGCCUUUGCCGCAAAUAAGAAACUGAUGGUGGCCUUGUCCAAGUUGCUGUUGCACUUGGAAGAUCAACCAAAUGUACAACUUCAGGCCUGUCGCGCCCUUGGAAAUAUUUGCUACGAAAAUGAUGAUGGCCGAGCGCAUGUUCUUGAGAUGGAUAAAGGAUUGGAGACUGUAAUUCAACUACUUGGACAAGCAAUAAAGGAAAACCAGCCUCUUAAGAGUGUGGUUGCUGGUUUUCUUCUGAAUUUACUAGCAGGACAGGAGGAAACCCAGAGGAAAGCUUUGGAGCUGGGAAUUGUGCCUAUCCUAACCGAAUAUCUCGAGUCCGGAAGCGAAGAGGGCAAUGGCCAGAGCCACAUCUUAAUGAUUCUAAACCUCCUCGCAGACAUCAACAACGAACUUCUCACCGACCGCCUUUGCCAAGCCAUGGUCAAUUUGCUUGGGCAAUCAUCAUCAGGAGAAUUGAGUGAAAUGUGCCUGGAGCUGAUGUUAAGUCAGUCUGAAAGCGAAAACGUAAAAAGUCACUUGGCCAAAGCCCAACUUUGCGAGCAGCUGAAUGGUCUGGCACACAAGCACAAAGAUCUCUUGCAAGAUGACGAAGCUCGAGGCCUUUUGAAAUUGGCUUGCGACUUGAUUGUAUCUGUGCUGACUGGAGAUGAAGCAAUGGAGCUACUAUACAUGGGAGGUGAAGGGCAGGUUUUCAAAGAAAUGACUGCGUGGCUUUCUAUCGAUGACGAAGAUCUGCAGAUCACAGCAGUUUUAGCAAUGGGAAAUUUUGCGAGAACAGACAAGCACUGCAUGCAGAUUGUGAAGAAGGGGAUUGGCAAAAAGCUACUUGAUCUAGUAGCCAAGAACAAUGCAAUGGCUGCAGGAAUCCGCUUGCAACAUGCUCUUUUGAGCGCUCUUCGGAAUCUCGCCAUCCCUGCAGAAAACAAAGCAAUUUUAUUGAAAGAUGGUUUGCUGGACAGUAUUCUUCCAAUGAUAGAAAUCCCAACUUUGCCUGUCGUUUUUAAACUGCUUGGUACUUUGAGAAUGGCAAUUGAUGGCCAAGAGAGCGCUGCUUGUCAGCUAGGGGUAAAUUCUGCCCUUCUUUCAAAAGUUGUGUCGUGGUGCACAACUGAAGACCAUCCCGGUGUGCAAGGCGAAGCAAACCGCUUGCUGGCAUGGAUGGUGAAAAACGCCAAGAGUUCCGAGGUCAACAAAGCAGUUGCUGAAGCUGGCGGUGUUAAGUGUCUUGCUAACAUGUUGAUGGCGGAGCACACUGUCAUGAAGAAUGAAGCGCUUCUGGCCUUGAUUUUGAUUUCAACUUCUGGGAAAAAUCUGCCGGAACCUGGCCUUGACACAUUGCUUGAUUCCACAACUGCUUCCAAUUUAUCCAAAGUACUUAAGGAAUCUAAAGAAACUUCCUUGACGGCUAAUGGUCUGACACUUCUGAAACUGUUAGCUCCACUCGCCAAAGAAAGUCUGAUCAAAGCGGGCAUUCCAUCAAUCCUGAAAUCUCUCUCAAGUGACGAAGAUGUGAUGAAGGAAGCUCAAGUUGUUUCUAAAAUGUUUGACUCUGGCUAAUUUGAAUCAAGUUCCUGUUUUGGUGCUGAUUUUCUGUGAUUAUUGGUUCCAAUUGCCCUAGUCUUUUCUGAAUUACUUACGGUAAUAAUUUAAUAACAUGUAAUCAACUGUAUAAACCAUGGUUAAUUAUUAAAUUAAGGUUUAUUAAAUUACAUUUGAAUAAAUAUUUACAUUCAAUUUUA